AUGGUCGACGACCUCCACCGUAGCCAGACCAAACGCGAGUCGGCUAGCGGCAGGUUUAACCUGUACGGAGACGACUGGGAGGACUCGGCCGACUUCACCAUCAAGUCGUUUGACGACCUCCCGCAUCGUCUAUUCGGCUCCAACCAACACAUGAUUAUCAAUUACGAGCUCAAAGAAGCCAUGCGCCUGAUUCUACGCCAGUUCAACGCUCCCAUCGUCUAUGGGUUCGCCUACGGCUCCGGUGUCUUCCCUCAGGAAGAAUCCGGUCGCAGCAUCAGUGAAGCCGACUUCCGCGCCGUUCACCCCAAGCCGCCCGAAGCGCUGGUCAAGUCGCAAAAGGGCUCGCCCAAGAUGAUUGACUUCAUUUUUGGCGUGUCUCAUACGCAGCACUGGCACUCGAUCAAUAUGAAGCAGCACCGCAACCACUACUCGGGCGUGGCGUCGCUUGGCUCGGGCUUGGUGUCGCGCGUCCAAGACUGGGGCGCAGGCGUCUAUUUCCACCCCUAUGUCGAGGUUAAUGGCAUUCUCAUCAAGUAUGGCGUCACGAGCAUCGACAACCUGGUCAACGACCUGACCACCUGGGACAGCCUAUACCUGGCUGGCCGCUUGCAGAAGCCUGUCAAGAUCCUCCGCGACCACCCUCGCGUGCGCCUCGCUAAUCAACACAACCUGAUCGCCGCCGUCCGUACUGCCUUGCUUCUGCUCCCUCCAGAUUUCACUGAGUCGCAGCUAUACAACGCCAUCUCGGGCAUCAGCUACCUGGGUGACCCGCGCAUGGCGUUGCCGACGGAGAACAGGAGCAAGGUGAGUAACAUUGUCGACAACAACAUGGUGCACUUCCGACGAUUGUACGCGCCCCUCAUCAAGACUCUGCCCAACGUGUCGUUUGUCGACCAAUGCCGCCUAGACGAUGAAGAGUGGGUGCUCAACCCGCAUGCCGACUUGCGUCUGCAGCAGGACAUGGAUCCCGUCAAGCGCGGCAACAUGGUCCGACGACUGCCAGGCAAGUUCCGCUCGCGUCUGUACUUCCAGUACCAGAAGAAGUUUGCUCUCCCGCGUGAGGAGUACGCGUCCAUGAUACGGGCCUCGUCGGGCGACGACAGCGAAACGAAGCGUCUAGGUGGCGAGUUCGAGAGGCGCAUUGCUGCUGACGACCCGGCCCAGCUGACGGCCACGGUCCGCGGCGUCAUCAAGCAGACGGUCAACUGGCCCAGCACCAUCCAGACGCUCAAGGGACCCCUUAUGAGCGGGUACUCGCGUACGGUGCGCUAUGUGGCCGAGAAGGUCGGAAAAUGGCGCAAGGGUCGUGCCGACGAGAAGAAGGCUGCAGCCAAGACGGCGGCCAAGGUGGUACCGACACCGGCACCGACAUCCUCGGCAGCUUCCGACAAGUCUUCCGAUGCUUCCGCUGAACAUGUCACACCGGCAAAAAUCAAGGAUACCCCACCCAUCGAUACUCCGCCCAGGGAGAAAUCGGAUUAA